AAACAUAAAUGGUUCGAGUUUUCAGCCGAGCAAAUAUUAUUUUGAAAUAAGAGUUCUGAAAAUUUUUAGUUUAUUCUACUAUCAUGUUUUUGCUGAUAUUUUUUUUAUCAUUACAAAUAUUUUCAUCAAUUUCCGUUGAACCGAUCGAUUCUUUUCAACCUGAUGGCUCCUUAGAAAUAAAUAUUAUUAGUGGUGACCAAACUCGUUCUCGAAAAGUAUUUGAUAUUGAUUUGGACCACAAUCGUUAUUACAAAGGAUACAACAUUGAUAGGAACCGAGCAGAUUCACGAAGAGUAACCGGCAGUAAUAGAAGUCAAUCUAAUUCUCGAAGAAUAAUCACUAGUGAUAGAAAUCAAAGUGAUUAUCAAAGAGUGUAUGGUACUGAUAGAAAUCAAGGAGGUUCUCGAACAGUAAACGCCAUUGAUAGAUAUCUCUAUGGUUCUCAGCGAGCUGACGGAAAUAAUUGGGAUUUUCUCAGAGGAAGAAACUUUGAAAGAGAUGGAAAUUCGGGAAGUAGAAGUGAUUAUCGAAGAGUGUAUGGUACUGAUAGAAAUCCAGCAGAUUCUCGAAGAGUAACCGGCAAUAAUGGAAUUCAAUCUAAUUUUCAAAGAACAAACGCCAGUAAUUGGAAUCUUCGAAAUCAACCUGAUUAUCGAAGAGUGUAUAGUACUGAUAGAAAUCAAGGGGAUUCUCGAACAGUAAACGCCAUUAAUAGAUAUCUCUAUGGUUCUCAGCGAGUUGACGGUAAUAAUUGGGAUUUUCUCAGAGGAAGAAACUUUGAAAGAUAUGUAAAUUCGAGAAGUCAGAGUGGAAUUAAUAAGAGCGAAGCAGAUGUUCAAGAUGAAAUCACUAUUGGCAUCAAGGCCGAAAUUAAUAUUCCAGAGAUUUUAUAACUGGGAUCAUUAUUUAAAUUUUUCUGUUAAUUAUAAUUUUCCAUGUAAUUAUUUGACACUAAAUCUUAAUGAAUCUACCGAAGAUAAAAAUUUGAAUCUCCGAACAAAAUUCAAAAUCAAUAAUUAUUUUAUAAAAAUAAAUCUACGAUAUAAAAAGUUUAUUUUUUAUUAUUCUAAUUGUUGAGUAAAUGGAUGAUAUUAAAAAAUAAUUAAAUUCA